AUGAAGGAACUUGUGCUUGAUCAGUUUAAUGUUGAUGGAAUAAUGGAUGAAGCGCUUGCUGAUGACAUCUUCAACAGGACUGGUGGAAAUGGCAAUUCAAUAUGUGUACAAUUUCCUCAGAUUGGCAGAACUCGACGAUCACAGCUCUAUACACACAUGGCAACAAAACAAUAUAGGCCCUAUUAUGAGAAGGGGAGAAUAAUGCCAGAGAUGGAAACUCUGCCGUUUGGAUACAGAGAAAUUCCGGUAUUUUUUUUUGAUAAGUUGUAG